AUGAAUGCUUUCCAACUGACAAAUAUCGCAGUCGCCUCCUGUGCCGGUGCAAUCGGCAUUCCAGGUAACAUUUUCAUUGUAUUCGUCUUCAGUCGAAGAAAAAAUAAAAACCCAACUGAUGUUGCGGUGAUCGCCCUUGCCCUCCUCGACCUCUUUCUAUGCUUGCUUUUGAUUGAAGGCAGUGCGACAUCCAAGACUGUUCGUUGGCUGUGCGUCGUCGAAAACAUGUUAAAGGAUGGCAUCUCUAUUGCAGGUCUGUUUAUAACUUUAUUCAUAGCUGUGUGUCGUUAUUUCGCGGUCUGCCGCCCGUUUUCAACCCGGUUUUCGUCGCCUCUAGCUUGGACAGUGUCAGCGGCAUCUGUUGUUAUCUCGAUCUUGAUUUACCUGCCGAUCGCAUUUCAUACUAGACCAGCGAAAAAUUCCCAAGGCAUCGCUAUCUGCAACGCCUUCGGGAAUGAUGAUCUGCUUCGUAAGAUAUACGUUGCGCUCCCUUCUGUCCUGGCUGGCUCUUCGUUGUCUAUCAUCGUAGUGCUGUACGUGAAGAUCUACAGCGUAAUUCGUCACCACCAGGCUCUUCGAGAGAGGAUGACAAAUGGCCUAGGAGCCAGUGAUGCUAAAGGGCGCAUCUCCUCGAUAUCAGCUACCGUCUCGAAGACGAAGUCCACCGCCAACAUUUCUACCCCUACUGACCGCCAGCCGUCAGUUCAAUCAUCAAGUGCACCUACCGCUGGCGACGAUGUCAGCAGUAAUGCUGAUACAAAAGCAAAUGAUGCCUCUGGUUUAGGUGACGUCAACGUUUCAAUCAACCACAAGAAGCCUCGAUGCAGUGGUACUGAAGAGCCGCACAAGAAGCGUACAACAGGAAAGAAGCAACAGGCGGACCACAAGACAACCAAGAUGCUCGUCAUCGCGACUAUUUUCUUUUUCGUCUUGUUGAUCCCUGAGUUGGCCAUUAAGCUCUUGACAACCGAACAGAAGUUCCGCUUGGCUCAGACCCUCCCUAAAGGCGUUGCCAUCCUUACUUUUCUUUACAACCUGCACUACAUCAACCAGUUCAUCAAUAUUUUCAUCUAUCUCAUCGCUAAUAAGAAGUUUCGAGGAGAAUGCGUUCAAAUUUUCAAGUCCUAG